AGAGAGCUUGUGGGAGAGGAGGGAUAGUAUAGACAGAGAGAUAAGAGAGCAUUAAGACCAGUUUUUUCUUUCUUCUUUCCAGUAGAAAAUGGCAUCGGCAUCUCUCCUCAAGUCCUCACCAGUCCUCGACAAGUCGGAGUGGGUGAAGGGUCAGACCCUCCGGCAGCCUUCUGUCUCCGUGGUCCGGUGCCACCCAGUUGCGCCCUCUGCACUUACCGUCCGCGCUGGCUCAUAUGCUGAUGAGCUUGUCAAAACUGCGAAAACUGUUGCAUCUCCUGGCCGUGGAAUCUUGGCCAUGGAUGAGUCAAAUGCUACCUGUGGGAAGCGUUUAGCUUCCAUUGGGCUGGAGAACACUGAGGCGAAUCGCCAGGCAUACCGGACCCUCCUCGUUACUGCUCCUGGACUUGGCAGCUACAUCUCAGGUGCUAUCCUUUUUGAGGAGACACUGUACCAGUCCACCACUGAUGGCAAGAAAAUAGUCGAUGUCCUCGUUGAGCAGGGCAUUGUUCCCGGGAUCAAAGUCGACAAGGGUCUAGUCCCCCUGGCAGGCUCAAACAAUGAGUCAUGGUGCCAAGGUCUUGACGGCCUCGCCUCUCGCUCAGCAGCUUACUACCAACAGGGUGCUCGCUUUGCAAAAUGGCGUACAGUGGUGAGCAUUCCCAACGGUCCGUCUGCACUUGCAGUCAAGGAAGCAGCAUGGGGACUUGCUCGAUAUGCUUCCAUUUCUCAGGACAAUGGCUUGGUCCCAAUUGUGGAGCCUGAGAUCUUGCUCGACGGUGAACAAGGAAUCGAGAGGACUUUCGAAGUUGCACAGAAGGUGUGGGCUGAAGUCUUCUUCUACCUUGCUGAGAAUAAUGUCAUGUUUGAAGGUAUCCUACUCAAGCCCAGCAUGGUCACUCCUGGAGCAGAGUGCAAGGACAAGGCCACACCGGAACAAGUUGCCGACUACACCCUCAAGCUUCUUCACCGGAGAAUCCCCCCUGCAGUUCCCGGAAUCAUGUUUUUGUCCGGUGGACAAUCCGAAGUGGAGGCGACUCUUAACUUGAAUGCAAUGAACCAAUCUCCUAACCCAUGGCAUGUCUCGUUCUCGUAUGCACGAGCCCUCCAAAACACUUGCCUGAAGACUUGGGGAGGAAGACCAGAGAAUGUAAAGGCAGCUCAGGAGACUUUGCUUGUAAGAGCAAAGGCCAACUCCUUGGCUCAGCUCGGCAAAUACACCGGUGAGGGCGAAUCCGAGGAGGCCAAGCAAGGAAUGUUCGUCAAGGGCUACUCCUACUAAGCUGUUGGACUCACAUCUACAGAUGAUGAAUGAAUGAAAGAAUGCUAUAUUAUGUAACCACGAGGAAUGUUUGGUGAAGGCUAUUCCUUCAUCACGUUUGUCUUAUGCUUGUAGCCCAUGUAGACUAUUUUUGUUCGCAACAUAUACUUUCAGAUAUGUAACAAGUUCUUGCCCUAAAUAAACUCGUCCUUUGAGUUUCCUGAACAUAUAAAAUUGAGUUUAAGAGAUGCA